AUGUCUCAUUCUAAGGAGUCAGAUGAACUUGUUUUCUUUGUGAAUGGAAGAAAGGUCAUCGAGAAGAAUCCAGACCCUGAAGUAAAUUUAUUGUUCUACCUGAGAAAAAAACUCCGACUCCCAGGGACCAAGUAUGGUUGCGGAGGAGGGGGCUGUGGUGCUUGCACAGUGAUGAUUUCCAGACAAGAUUUCAUCACCAAAAAGAUCCGUCACUUCUCCGUCACCGCCUGCCUGGUGCCCAUCUGCUCUCUCUAUGGGGCUGCUGUCACCACCGUGGAAGGUGUCGGAAGCAUCAAAACCAGGAUUCACCCCGUGCAGGAAAGGAUUGCAAAAGGCCAUGGCACACAGUGUGGGUUCUGCACCCCAGGAAUGGUGAUGAGUAUCUAUACUCUCCUGAGGAACCACCGGGAGUCCUCCACAGAACAGCUAAUGGAAGCAUUAGGUGGUAAUUUGUGUCGCUGCACGGGAUACAGACCCAUUGUGGAGAGUGGGAAAAGUUUUAGUCCUAGUUCAUCUUGCUGCCAAAUGAACAGGGAAGGGAAAUGUUGCUUGGAUCAAAAAGAAAAAAACAUUACAUUUUUUUCCCUUAAGGUUUGUACCAAGUUGUAUGAAAAAGAAGAAUUUCAACCCUUGGACCCAACCCAGGAAUUUAUAUUUCCACCUGAACUAAUGAGAAUGGCAGAUGAACCCCAAAAGCAAAUUCUGAUUUUCCACGGGGAGAGGACUACCUGGAUCUCCCCAGGAACUCUAAGUGAACUUCUGAGUUUGAAAAUGAAGUAUCCCAAAGCCCCUCUUGUGAUGGGAAACACCUGUGUCGGGCUUGAAAUGACGUUCAAAGAUGUUUUCCAUCCAGUUAUCCUCUCUCCUGCAAGGAUUUUGGAAUUGUUUAUGGUGACUAACACAAAAGAAGGACUUACAAUAGGUGCUGGCCUCAGCCUGGCCCAGGUGAAGGACAUCCUCACUGAUGUGGUCCGGAAGCUCCCAGAGGAGAAGACGCAGACAUACCGGGCUCUCUUGAAACAUCUGAGAAGCCUGGCUGGACAACAGAUAAGAAAUAUGGCAUCCUUAGGAGGCCAUAUUAUUAGCCGACUUUCAACUUCUGAUCUCAACCCCAUUUUGGGUGUAGGCAAUUGUGUUCUCAAUGUUGCCUCAAUAGAAGGAACACAGCAAAUUCCUUUUAAUGAUCAUUUUCUUGCUGGAAUGACAGAUGCAAACCUUAAACCAGAACAAGUCCUACUUUCUGUUUUCAUUCCUGUCUCUAAAGAGAGUGUAGCUCCCCAGCAGCCCCCACAUGACCCAGUUGGACGGCCCAUCAUGCACCAGUCAGGUAUUAAGCAUGCCACAGGGGAAGCUGUCUUUUGUGAUGACAUGCCUGCCUUCUCAGAAGAACUUUUCCUGGCAGUGGUGACAAGUACCAGACCACACGCUAAACUCAUUUCCAUUGAUGCCUCUGAGGCUCUCGGGUUGCCUGGUGUGGUGGACGUGAUAACAGCCCAGGAUGUGCCAGGUGACAACGGCAGUCAAGAAGAAAGGCUGUACGCACAGGACAAGGUGGUUUGUGUGGGUCAGAUCGUCUGUACUGUGGUUGCUGAUUCAUAUACUCAUGCCAAGCAGGCCUCCAAAAAGGUGAAGAUUGAGUACCAAGACGUGGAGCCUGUGAUUGUGAGCAUUCAGGAUGCAAUAAAGCACAAAUCAUUCAUUGGACCUGAAAAAAAACUAGAACAUGGAAACACUGAGGAGGCAUUUCAGUGUGUUGAUCAGAUCAUUGAGGGGGAAGUGCACUUUGGAGGACAGGAACAUUUUUAUAUGGAAACUCAAAGUGUUCUUGUGGUUCCAAAGGUCGAGGAUAAAGAAAUGGACAUAUAUGUGUCAACCCAGGAUGCAGCAUUUACACAGGAAAUGGUGGCUUACGCCUUGGGGAUUCCAAAGAAUAGGAUCAACUGCCAUGUGAAAAGGGUUGGUGGAGCCUUUGGGGGGAAACUGACUAAGCCUGCACUCCUGGCAGCGGUGGCAGCUGUAGCAGCCAACAAGACUGGUCACCCAAUUCGUUUUAUUCUAGAGCGUGCGGAUGACAUGUUAAUAACAGGAGGGCGCCACCCACUACUUGGGAAAUAUAAGAUUGGCUUCAUGAACAACGGGAAAAUUGAGGCAGCAGACAUUGAAUAUCACAUCAACGGAGGCUGCACACCUGAUGAGUCUGAACUGGUAAUAGAAUAUGCUUUGCUCAAACUGGAAAAUGCUUAUAAGAUUCCCCACCUGCGCGUCCGAGGCCGAGCCUGCAAAACCAAUUUGCCAUCCAAUACAGCCUUCCGGGGCUUUGGUUUUCCCCAGGGAGCCUUUGUAACAGAGACCUGGAUGACUGCGGUGGCAGCCAAGUGCCACCUGCCACCAGAGAAGGUUAGGGAGUUAAACAUGUACAAAACCAUUGAUAGGACAAUUCACAAGCAAGAAUUUGAUCCAAAGAAUUUAGUAAGAUGCUGGGAGAAAUGUAUGGAAAACUCAUCCUACUACCUCAGGAGACAGGCUGCAGAGGAAUUUAACCAGCAGAAUUAUUGGAAGAAAAGAGGAAUUGCCAUUAUCCCCAUGAAAUUCUCAGUUGGAUAUCCAAAGACAUUUUAUUAUCAGGCUGCUGCUCUGGUUCACAUCUACACAGAUGGGUCUGUGUUGGUUGCUCAUGGUGGAGUUGAAUUAGGACAAGGUAUUAACACCAAAAUGAUACAGGUGGCCAGCCAUGAAUUGAAAAUUCCUAUGUCUUACAUUCACCUUGGCGAGAUGAACACUGUGACAGUGCCCAACACAAUAGCUACCGCGGCAUCCACAAGCGCAGAUGUCAAUGGAAAAGCUGUGCAGAAUGCCUGUCAGACCCUGAUGGGACGCCUGGAACCCAUCAUCAGGCAGAAUCCUCAUGGCUCAUGGGAAGACUGGGUUAAUGAAGCUUUUACUCAAAGCAUUAGUCUUUCUGCCACUGGAUAUUUUAGGGGCUAUGACGCUCACAUGGACUGGGAGAAGGGAGAAGGAGACAUAUUUCCUUACUUUGUCUUUGGAGCCGCCUGUUCUGAGGUUGAAAUUGACUGUUUGACAGGAGCUCAUAAGAACAUCAGAACUGAUAUUGUAAUGGACGGUUCUUUCAGUAUAAAUCCUGCUGUGGACAUAGGGCAGAUUGAAGGGGCAUUUACUCAAGGCCUUGGACUUUAUACUCUAGAGGAGCUGAAGUAUUCGCCUGAAGGAGUCCUAUAUACCCGUGGUCCAAAACAGUAUAAAAUUCCUUCAAUCACUGAUAUCCCAGAGGAACUUCAUGUGUCUCUUCUGACACCAAUCCAAAAUCCAAUAGCAAUCUACUCCUCCAAGGGCCUGGGUGAGUCAGGAAUGUUUCUGGGAUCUGCCGUCUUCUUCGCUAUAGCUGAUGCUGUGGCUGCAGCUCGAAAGCAGAGGGGCCUGGACCCGAGUUGGACAAUGAACAGCCCAGCCACUCCGGAGCGGAUUCGAAUGGCCUGUGUGGAUCAGUUUACAGACCUGGUAUGCGGCUCCUCUUUCCAGUCCAAAUUCUCUGCAGUCCCCAAUGAUGCUCAAUGUCUAGAACAAGGGGGAUAA